AUGGUCCAUGAUGACAUGAAUAUCUCUAGGCUUAUGGUGUUUUCCCAACAAAUAGAGGAGUCAAAGAUUAAGAAGAAGAAUAGAAAGAUGAAAAAAGCUAGGUCCAAUGAACAAGGUCAACCAAGGUUCAAAAAGAGAUCUUCCAACCAAGAUUCUUCAAACACUCCUAGGGUUAACCAAGAGAAAGGUAGUGGGUCUCAAUUUCCUAAACCUACUUGCACCAAUUAUGGAAAGAAGCACCAUGGGAAGUGCCUAGCCGGUACAAAUGGGUGUUAUGUUUGUGGAAAGAGUGAUCAUCAAGUGAAAGAUUUCCCUACACUCACGGGCAAAGGAAAGGAGGCGAAACAAGCUUCCCUUAAUGGCACAUUUCCCAUUCCUCCAAAUCACGGUCGUUUCUAUGCACUCCGGUUUACAGAAGACAGAGGAGACCUUCCGGAUGAAGAAACCA